GUUUGCUGCCAGCCAGGACGAGACGCAAGCGCCAGCAGAAGAUGCGGCUCCCGAUGGAGCAACUUCUGACGAUGCGCAAAAACGCAGCUCGAUCUCAGCAGCUAUUGACUCCGUGAAGUCCUGGUUCGGUACAGCGCCAGAGAAGGGUGGCAAGGCCGCUGGAGUUCUGCGAGCAUCCCUGAAGGGCACUAAGGCGAUGAAACAGGCUAAACGUGAUGUCGACCCCAACGCAGAUCUUAAGCCUGUUCAAGAGUUGCAGGACUCGGAGUCCGCAGUCACAUGUGUAUGUUUUGGCCAAGAAAGGCUGCACAGGGCGUACAUACUCUUCGUCACAGCAUCCAAAGAUGGUACAGUCGUGGUAUACCGAUGCUACAGGACUGAAAUGGAGAUUGCAAUGCUGGCCGCGGAAGACUUCCGGGGAGACAACGCAGCGCCUCCUCCUGAUCAUUCCAACAUCGCGGUACAUUCUCGGCUUGUCGGCCAUUCCCGUGCAAUUACUUCGGUCUUCUUCAAUCUACUGGAGGACCAGCUAGUCACAACAUCGAUUGACAAGUCAGUGCGUUUCUGGAACGUGGACACCGGGGAGAUGUUGAAGGUUUUCACAGACUCUUCUCCAGUGCCAGUGGCUGCUUUCCUGCCUUUCAAUCCGCAGGUUUUUGUUGCAGCCAACUCGAAUGCCGUCCUGCGGCUCGUGAACGUGCAGAAUGGCAUGGUCCUGCAGAAGCUCAAGGUCGAAACCGAAGUGCGCACUUUGAAGUUCGACGAUACGGGCCUAUUCCUUCUGGCUGGCACGAAAAGUGGUUCCAUCCAUGUCUUGGAGGCAACAGAUGCCAGCACUUUGAAGUUCAAGUUCAAGGUGCAGCUGGCACGGGGAGGAGUGACAUGCUUGGUCUUCGUGCCUGCAGCCCAUGGCCAGCCGCCUUGCCUGUUGGUCAACACAUCCGACUCAUCAGCGUCCAUCAUUGAUUGCACGUACGGGCCUCCCCCCGGGGUGCUCACGAACUUAGCUGUAAGGCACCGUGUUCGUGUCGCUCAUGCGCUGCUUCCAUUAAAGUGCUGCUAUUCACCGUCCAGCCAGGGAUACCUCAUUUCUGCAUCUGAGGACAAGGAGGUCUACAUCUACUCCCUUGCAAAGGGUGCAAAUUACAAGAUGAGUUACUUGAAGCACCACCAGGUCCCCGUCGUGGCAGUGGCGACCAACCACCAGGCCCAGGGCCGCGGCACAUCGCGGCCGCAACAUCCGCGGCACGCGUCGGCUCCACGCCACUAUGGCCACUUCGCGGUGCGCAAGCGUGCAGUCUCCUUUUGCUUUGUGCACAGGUGUCCGAGCGAAACUGGGGCCGACCUGCAGCUUCAGAAGGCCUCCGGAAGAGCCUUGACGCAGAGGAUCCGAUCUGAUCCGGUGCUGCCGAGGAUCGCAGAGGGCCAGGCCCGCGUCGGGUCCUCUGCGAGGAAGGUGUCCAUAGAAGAUGCGGAUGCAGGUUCACUGCCUCAGGUUUCUGGUGGUCUGGUGGCCAAGCGAGCAACAGCAUUCAAGCAUGCCACCUCAUUGCUCCCGCCUGCAAGCGUAGAAGAGGCAACGAAUGCGGCCUUGGCCUCAAUUGAGGAUAUCAGGAGUUCAGUGGAGCAUUUCCAAGGAAGAUCCAACGGAGACAAGGAAGCCUUUGUGGAGGAAGCAUCAGAUGUUCGGGAGGAUCUUCGAUAUCGCCUGGCUCGCUACAGAUAUGCAAGACGAAUCGAGCCGCCGCCGCCUCCUCUUGCAAUGGACCCAGCGUUCGAGCCUGCGCCUCCCCGACCCGUCCAGGUCGCUGCAGCCCAGAUCAUGUCCUCCAGCUGCUUGCGGAGCUUCCAGCCGGAUCGUAGACGCGCCCAGCUGGCAGAACAAGCUGAGCACAGGAGACUCAGGCUUGAAGCUGCAAAAACAAAGCGGGAGCUGUCGCACCAGGAACUGGAAGAGAAGACACUGGCUGACAUAGACCGCUAUCUCCAGCGAAUGGAGCACUACGAGCUUGAGAAGAACUCCAGUCGAUCGGGUGGUCGAAGACGCCCUCUUGCAUCAUUCACUCUGGAGCAGCAGCUGCAGGAGCGCCAGAAGCAGUUUGCUACCAUCAUGGCGGCUGCUGCUUUCUGUGCCUUCGCUGUCAAGGCAAUGGCUGGUUUUGGUCCGAUCAGCCAGGCAUGCUUAUUCCGCUUCAACCGCAUCAGUGUCCAAGAGAAAGGCAUUGCGGCAAGGCCUUUUGCUCGUGCUGUGGCUAUCAACUUGUGGCGUUCGCACUAUGCUGAAGCAGUCCGGGUUCGACUAACCUGCGAGCUGCAAGAGGCAUCACCACUGUCUCAAGCAUCACCGACGCCAUCAAGCCCCACACGCAGUCCUUCACGAAGGUCGUUAAAAGAGUCUGCCGACAGGACCAUCAUGCAGAUGCAGCUGCCUCUCCUGGAGAAGUCCGAGGCGCUGCCAUUUAUGUGGCGCUGCCAGCUCAUGGAGGAUAUGGUCGUGAACCGACUGCGCCUCCGACGAGCCCGCGCGCACGCGCGCUGUCUGCUUGCAGCACUCCGCUGCUGGCACCCCUUCCGUGCAUUGCGGAUGAUGCGCGAUGUCAUGGCAAAGAUCCGACGACUACAGGAUUUCCUUCGCCGUGCAGUCAUCCGGUUGAAGGCCACGAGGGUGGCACUAAAGGUGCAGAUGCUGCAGAUUGAGCGGGAUCUGAUCGAAAAGGAGCAGGACGAAGAACCGAAAGAGGCAAAGGAUUCCAAGGAUUUUUGCCGGCGGAUGUCGCACAAAGCCUUGGACCAGAAAACUCAAGACCAGACCAAAGCUCUUCUUCCUGACACUUGGCGGACGCAGGCAGUAAAUUGUUUAUUGCGGCUUCGAAGACACGAGCAAUUGCAGCUGCUGCAAGAAUGGCGAAUGGACAUGGCGACUUACCACUGGGAGGUGCAGGAAUGGCGGAGAGCGCGCUCUGCAUUGACCUGCCCAAUCAUGCCUCCUUAUCCGACGCAUGUGCCGAGCAGCAAGGAGCUUGCAAAGAUUAUUUUCGAAGCCCGGAGAAAGUGCAGAAAUGGAGCGCCACCGCCCAUAACUUUGUCCACUGCCCCGAAGAUUGAGAUUGAAGGUACCGGCUUGGAAUGGUACCCAAAGGAGGCAGACGCAGGGCAGCUUCACGAUCAAUUGGACAUGAUGGAGGAAGUGAUCGAGCCCCUGGUUACGCCAAAAGGAAGCAUUCUUGAUCCGAGUUGA